AUGAGCGACAACGGCUCGGAUGAUGAUGAAGAAUGUUUUUAUGAAUUGGCAGAAAUUUCAUCUAAAUUAAAUCAUAAACUCUCGACGUCGGACGAUGAAUUCGAUGAAAAUUUUUAUGAAAUUGAUGAUGAUAUUUCAAAUAAAACUCCUCAAGCAUACAUUGAUGAACCAAUUACUCCAGGUGAUGAAAUCAAUCCUAAUUUUCAUUAUUCAAUUUUAACUCAAGAUCAAUAUAUUGAAUUAAUGAUGAAAUAUGUUGAUGAAGUUAAAGAUAUACUUCAAUUACCAUCAUCUAUUAUUAAACUUUUAUUACAUUAUUUUAAAUGGAAUAACCAGCGAUUAUUAGAACAAUUCUAUGAAAUGAAUAAUGAAGAAUUUUUUCAGCAAGCAAAAAUUAUUAAUCCAUUUUCUUUAAAAAUAUCUCCAGAAGAAUUAACUAAUCUAUGUUCUAUUUGUUGUUCAGAUGAUGAAAAAGAUAUGUUUCAUCUUGAAUGUAAUCAUACAUUUUGCAAUGAUUGUUGGAAAAAUUAUAUAACAAAUCAAAUUCUUCAUGAAGGUCAUUCACAAACAAUAGUUUGUCCAUAUUCUGAAUGUGAUAUUCUUGUUGAUGAUGAAACGAUUUUAAAAUUUCUCAAUGAUAAUGAAUUUGCUAAAAAUAUGUAUACCAAAAUGAUAUUAAAUUCAUAUGUUGAUAAUAAUCCUCGUGUUCGUUGGUGUCCAGGAAAGGAUUGUAAUCAUAUUAUUAAUGCAACAUCAUUAACAUCAUCUUAUAAUUAUGCACAAUUAAUAACAUGUAAUAAUUGUCAAACAAUAUUUUGCUUUCAAUGUACACAACCAUGGCAUGAUCCAAUAAAAUGCAUUUUAUUAAUUGAAUGGAAUAAAAAAUUAAUAGGUGAUACUCUAAAUGUUCUUUGGUUAAAAACAAAUACACAAGCAUGUCCAAAAUGUAAAGUACAUAUUGAAAAAAAUGGUGGUUGUAAUCAUAUGUCUUGUAAAAAUUGCCAAUAUGAAUUUUGUUGGUUAUGUUUUAAUGACUGGUCUAAACAUAGGGAAUGUAAUCGUUUUGUAGAAAAUAAUGUUAAUAUUACUGAUGCUGCAAAUACUCUUGGUUUAUCUCGAUAUAUUCACUAUCUUGAUCGUUAUCGUAAUCAUGAAAAUUCAUUAAAAUUAGAAACGAAAUUAUUUAAGAAAAUUCGUCGAAAAUUAUUGAAAAAUAAAGAUAAAUUAUCAAAGAACGAUAUUCAAACAAUUGAAAAAGCAUUUGAAACUUUAUUAAAAUGUCGACAAAUAUUAACAUAUACUUAUCCAUUUGCUUAUUAUUUAACAAAGAAUAAUCAAUCCGAUGUAUUCGAACAAAAUCAAGCAGAUUUAGAACAAGCAUGUGAACAUUUAAGUGAAUUUUUAGAAAAAGAUAUCACUAAUGAAACAAUAUUUAAUGAUAUUAAACGAAAAAUAGUUGAACAAUAUCAAUAUUGUGAUGCACGACAAUCUGUUUUAUUAAAACAUGUCAAAGAAGGAUAUACCAAUGAUUAUUGGCAGUAUCAAGACGAAGUCAAAACUAAUAUUAAUAACAAAAUAUAA